ACCCCACAUUCCUCCAGCCAAUCAAAUUGGGCUAAACACCGACCUUCGUGUCUGCGUUGCUGGGUAGAUAAAACAAAAACAACAGGGUUGGUGUCAGAGUUUGAAGCUUGGACACGACAGACGGUAUCGUUUGAUUUAUUUUAUUUUAUUUUUUUGCACACUGCAAAAAAAAAAAUCUCAUAUCUCAAAACAUGGCAACUGACUGUGCGGCCUGGCUGAACGCAAACCCCGUCGAGGCAGAGGAUCUGAGUGAUUCCUUUGCAUCUGGAGACGAGGACAACAGAGGACCCAACAAAAACAUCAACAAUGAGAUCAAUGGCAACUGGUUGUCCUCGUCCAGCAACAGCAUCCACGAAGCGCGUCUCAAGGCAAAGGCCAAGCGGAGGCUGAGGAAGAACUCCUCCAGGGACUCUGGCAGGGGGGACUCUCUCAGCGAUAACGGGGACGUAGUCAGGGGAACCGCAGUGGCACCCACCAGCCCCAAGAGCAAGCUGCUGGACAGAAAGUCCCGACUGGGAAAGGGAAGAGGUCUCCCAAAGAAAGGUGGGGCUGGAGGGAAAGGUGUGUGGGGCCGAUCUGGUGAAGUUUAUGAACCAGAGGAAGUAGAUGAGAAAGACCCCAACUACGAUGAAGCUCAGGGAAAUUGUGUGUAUGAGACUGUGGUUCCCCCGCUGGAUGAGAGGGACUUUGAGAAGACAGUCACCCCCAUAGUGCAGGAGUACUUUGAACAUGCAGACACAAAUGAAGUAGCGGAGCUGCUUGCAGAACUGAACCUGGGGCCCAUGCGAAGCGAGGUUCCAUCGCUGGCUGUGUCGCUGGCCCUGGAGGCCAAAGCCAGCCAUCGGGAGCUCACCUCCAGGCUGCUGGCUGACUUGUGCGGGCCCGUCCUGUCCCACAGUGACAUGGAAAAUUCUUUCGACAAACUGCUCCGGGAGCUGCCUGAUCUGGUCCUGGAUACGCCUGGAGCCCCACAGUUGGUGGGUCAAUUCAUUGCACGCGCUGUUAGCGACCAAAUAUUGUCCAAGAAUUACGUCGAGGGCUACAAAGGCAGAGUUGACUGUGAAUACACAAGGGCGGCUCUUGACCGGGCGGCGGUGUUGCUAAAGAUGAGUCUGGGUGGCCUGCGCAUAGACAACCAGUGGGGGACAGGAGGGGGCCAGAGACCUGUCACUCAGCUCAUCAAAGAGAUGAACUUGCUGCUGAAGGAGUAUAUCCUUUCUGGAGAUACCAAGGAGGCUGAGAGAUGCCUGAGGGAUCUGGAGGUUCCCCAUUUCCACCAUGAGUUUGUCUAUGAGGCAAUAGUGAUGGUGCUGGAGUCCAAAGGAGAGAAAACAUUCAAAAUGGUUCUCCAGCUACUCAAGUCGCUCUCUGCUUCCUCCGUCAUCACUGUGGACCAAAUGAGAAGGGGAUAUGAAAGAGUUUAUAUGGACAUUGCUGAAAUCAACAUUGAUGUCCCUCGUGCAUACUUCAUCCUGGAGCAGGUUGUUGAUAAGAGCUUCAGUGUGGGAAUCAUCGACGUAAAGUUAAGAGAUCUUUGUCCCUGUCGGGGUCGGAAAAGGUUUGUCAGCGAGGGAGAUGGUGGUGUUGUCAAAGUUGAAAGCUACUGAGGAGCCCUUAUAAUGUGCCAGAUUUCUGGAAGAGAAGAGGAUAAAGCUACUUUUUUACUUGCAUAUUUUUCAAAAUAGUUGGGUACAAUUUUUCCCAAACAGUCAAAAGAAUGUACAUUUCUGAAAUUGAGGUGAGGUUAAAAAAAACAAAACUGCACUUUUGAUUGAAACUGAAGUAGAUCACUUCCUCCAAGGUGUUUCAGUAUAAACAUUUACAUAAGCUAACCCUUAAAGUGCCACACCUCGCAGUGUCAGUCAUUCCAUGUUGUUUUGUACAGUAUUUUCUUGAGUUCACUGCCACUCCUUUUGUGUUUUUCUAAAACACAGUGUUUGUACAGAGAUGACUGGUUUGUGUCAAGAGCUUUAUAAAAGGGUAUAAAAAAAUAAAUAAAGGGGAGCACGUUGGUUUAAAUGCAAUACUGGCUCCCUCACUAGCUGCUGUUUCUAUGCUUGACUGUUUUUUUUUUUCUUUUUACCCUUUAAAUUACACAAAGAUGUCAUUAUUGAAGGUUUCAAGACAUGAGUACAGUGCAAAAAGAAAUACCAGUCGGGUAACUUCAGAAAAUGGCAUGUAGAGUGUUUAUUUUUGUAUCUGGGGAAUACUGGUGUUUGAAAUAUACCACGUAUUGCUCCUUGUUUGUUCAUUAAAUCACUGUUAAAUGAUA